GGCCUAACACUGGGUUCACACCUGAGCGUUUCUGAGACGCGCGUUUUACGCGCGUUUCUAUGCGCGUUUUUUGCAAUAGUAAACGCGCGUUUGUGUGAUUGACUGCAGUGUUGUCCAAUGAGCAAAUAUCCCUGUCUAUAUGAAGUUUGGCCAAUCAUAGGGCAUUGUAGGUGUGAAAUUCCAUGUGUGUUGGUAGAGUGUGUGGUUUGGAGUCAUGGAAUGCUAUAGACGGCGACGUGUUGCGGCACUUGUUGCAGCUAUUGACCUGGAACGCUUGAGGAGAAGGCGGGACAGCAGGCGACGUUUCUGGGUCCAUCCUGUCAUUGCCAAUAGACAGGAGAGGGGCCAGUUCUGGGCACUGUAUGCGAACCUCCGUGGCCAUGAGGACAAGUUUUUUGACUACACCAGGAUGUCCAUCCACAGCUUUGACGAGCUCCUGGUGCUGUUGUCCCCUCAUUUGCAGCGUCAGGACACCUUCAUGCGGGACUGCAUCCCACCAGUGGAAAGACUGGUCAUUACUUUGCGGUAUUUAGCUACCGGACAGUCAUUGGCCAGUCUACACUUCGCCUUUCUCAUCGGGAAGUCCACAGCCAGUAUGGUCGUCCAGGAAACCUGCGUGGCAAUUUGGGACGUCCUUCAUCCUGCUGUGAUGGCCCAACCACAGAAGGAGGACUGGCUGCAAAUUGCGGAUCAUUUUUUACAAUCCUGCAAUUUCCCAAACUGUGUCGGCGCAAUAGACGGCAAGCACAUCCGCGUUCAGAAGCCCAUCAGGAGCGGGAGUCAAUUUUUUAAUUAUAAGAAAUAUUUGUUCUUUUUGCGGUGUGUGACGCAAACUAUUGCUUCAGCUGGACCUCCCGGGGAACACCACACUGUGUAA